AUGGACAGAGUGGUCGACGAUAUCCAAGUUAUGGAUCCCGACGAUGUCGGGAUGAUCGUUGACGAAGUGCUAGAAGAUGUAAACUUCGAAGACUUAAUGGAAGUUGAGUCGUCCGACGAGAGUGUGUUAUCGGAUGAUACGGGGUGCAUUAGCGAUCUGGAGAACAAUACCGAUUAUGCAUCACAAUGGACACGUAUAGUGGUAAAAGAUCUGUACACGCUGCCGUAUGAAAGUUUUCUGUACAUCAAAGGAAAAUUGACAAAGAAUGUAGUGGUACCGAACGCCGACGUGGCACUGGGAAAUAAUUGCCUCGCUUUCAUGUUCGAUGAGAUUCGCUACGAACUCGACGGCGUGGAGAUCGAUCGCAACAGAAACGUGGGCGUAACCAGCACGAUCAAGAACUACGUGACGGUGACGUCCGACAGGAGCGUGAUUCUGCGAAACGCCGGCUGGGACGCGCAGACCACCGCUGACGGAUACUUUAAUUUCUGCGUACCGCUCAACGUACUGCUGGAAUUCUGCGAGGAUUACAGACGCGUGGUGCAGAAUCAACGCUCGUCACGAGUUGAUUCUGAUACGAGCGCGCAACGACGAGAAUUGUCUGGUGGGAAAUUCAGCGUUGGUACCGAGGCUCGAACUGUUCAAGAUACAAUGGCGAAUGCCGCACGUGGUGCUGAGCGACGUGAACAAGCUGCCACGACCAAGCACUCGUGGGCCAUCAAGACGGCCCAGCCGUCUCAGCUCGAGAAGCCGCGAUACGUCAUCUUUGCUAUGCAAACGGAUCGAAAGAAGAUGUCCGAGGACACGAGCCAAUUCGACAACUGCAAAUUGUCCAACGUGAAACUCUAUCUGAACUCGGAAUGUUACCCAUACGACGACUUGAAUCUGGAUUUCGAUAGAAACAGAUGGGCGAUUCUGUACGACAUGUACGCGCGUUUCUGCAAGGGCUACUACGGAUACGAGUAUCUCGAACCGAAUCUCACGGUGUCGUCCUUUAAACGUAUGGGCCCGUUCGUAAUCAUCGAUUGCUCUCGACAGAACGAAUCGGUCAAGAGCGCGACCGUGGACGUGCGAAUGGACUUUGAACUCAAGGAGAACGCGCCCGCUAAUACCACCGCGUACUGCCUCAUCAUACACGAUCGCGUGGUCGAGUACAACCCGCUGACCAGCGUUGUGCGUAAAAUCACCUAA